GGCACAGAGGGUCGUGCUCUGGCAAGACACUUCGGCUGCGAGUACAUCGAGACAUCAGCAAAACACAAACUUAAUGUGGACGAAGCCUUCUAUACGCUUGUCCGAGAGAUCAGGCGACACAAUAAGCAGACAGGCCGUCCCGCGCAGCCCGGUAUGCAUACGGAGCCUGGCAACGCAUCAAGGGCCGACUCCGACGAUGCCGGCUGCUGCGGUAGAUGCAUCGUCGCGUGAUCGCCUGUGCCGCCUUCGUGAACCCGUACUCCUGUCUCGCAGAUGUAUCCAUAUGUAAUUCUCCACUUUUCCCUUUUUGGUUGUGUACUCGCCAGCCGUGCGUUGGAUUAGUCCUUCAGGUCCGGUCCGCCAUAGGCCGCACGGCAACCUCGUCAUUGAGUCUGAUCGAAUAGCAGAUGCCAGUACUUGUAGAAUUAAACUGUAUAAGUGAUUGGGUGGAUGACAAACCGAUCGUUUGCUGCACCUGGCCAGAGUGUGGAAAUAGCAUUCUGCUUCGCUUAGCAGAACCAUCAGGACUAUGCAACUCGCCCUUCAUUAUAUCUGCACCUCGUGAAUUACUCUUGUUUGACAUUGGCAAACUGCGACGCAUUUUGCUUACUGCAAACCGGGUGUCAGAGCCUCUUGAGCUGAGAGUGGUUGACAUUCCUAAGAUUUGCGCUGUUAUAUUCGCGCCGUCAGAUAUGGAGAGCUUUAUGUGGCUGGGCCACGAAGACGGAGAGGAGCAGCAGUUGUUGUAUUGUCAGUCUAUGCGCGCUUUCAUCCUUUCACUGCUGCGUCGUAGCCAUGAUGAGAUGACCAGCUCAACCAGGGUGUGCAGAUAUUUUCUUAUUCGGACGACAUCAUUAUUUGCUUUUCGGUCUCGAGAGUCCCCAUACCAGCGUUAACGAAAAGGCUUGCUGAGCAGUUGUAAACGACAGCUUUCAAU